CCGCCCGGCUCUCGCGAGAGGCCGGAUUUGUUCCUACGUGCGGGGCCGUGCUGCUCAUGGCGGCGCUGGAGCGGGGGCGCUGAGCUGUUGGGUAUGAAGUGGAACAGAACAGAAUUUACCACCUGAAACUGCUGCUUCAAGUUCAGAUCAGGAAAAUCAUCCAACACAUUGUAACAACAAUUCAAGACCAAAGAAGAGGAAACUUACACUGAAGAUACAAGGCUUGAUCUGAAACAAGAAGUUUGUGCCUACUCAACAGCUUCAAAAGAGCACGUCCCAACGCUGCUAGUAGUCUUUGUUUUCUCCAGUGCUGUAUUGAAACUGCCCAGGGCAGCAGCGUUUGUAUUCUCUAUUAGCUUGAUAGGUCACGUUCUCUUGCUGUCUUUUUUUCUUUCUCUCUCUCUCUAUUUUUGUUUUGUUUUGUUUUUUUUAAUUAAUAAUAGCAGUCUUCAUCCUUAAAAACUUGUGCUGAAAUAGAAGAAUCGGCUAAUACUACUGAAAGUGCAAUAUUUGAAUAUCACUGCGAGAUGAGCUUUGAUCCAAACCUGCUCCACAACAAUGGACAUAACGGGUACCCCAAUGGUACUUCGGCAGCGCUGCGUGAGACUGGGGUUAUAGAAAAACUGCUGACCUCUUAUGGAUUCAUCCAGUGUUCAGAACGCCAAGCUAGACUGUUCUUCCACUGUUCACAGUAUAAUGGCAACUUACAGGAGCUCAAAGUAGGAGAUGAUGUUGAGUUUGAAGUGUCUUCUGAUCGCCGAACUGGAAAACCCAUUGCUAUUAAAUUGGUGAAGAUAAAACCAGAAAUACUACCUGAGGAAAGAAUAAAUGGACAAGUUGUGUGUGCUGUUCCUCACAAUUUAGAGAGUAAAUCUCCAGCUGCCCCGGGUCAGAGUCCAACAGGGAGUGUAUGCUACGAACGUAAUGGGGAAGUAUUUUACCUGACUUACACCCCAGAGGAUGUUGAAGGAAAUGUACAGCUGGAAACAGGAGAUAAAAUAAACUUCGUAAUUGAUACAAAUAAGCAUACUGGUGCUGUAAGUGCUCGUAACAUUAUGCUAUUAAAAAAGAAACAAGCCCGCUGUCAAGGAGUAGUCUGUGCCAUGAAAGAAGCCUUUGGAUUUAUUGAGAGGGGUGAUGUCGUGAAGGAGAUAUUCUUUCACUAUAGUGAAUUUAAAGGUGACCUAGAAGCCUUACAGCCUGGUGAUGAUGUGGAGUUUACAAUCAAAGACAGAAAUGGUAAAGAAGUUGCAACAGAUGUUAGACUGCUGCCUCAAGGAACUGUCAUUUUUGAAGAUAUCAGCAUUGAACAUUUUGAAGGAACUGUAACCAAAGUAAUUCCAAAAGUACCCAGCAAAAACCAGAGUGAUCCAUUACCUGGCCGCAUCAAAGUCGACUUCGUGAUUCCUAAAGAACUUCCAUUUGGAGACAAAGAUACAAAAUCCAAGGUGACCUUGCUGGAAAGUGACCACGUUCGAUUCAAUAUUUCAACAGACAGACGUGACAAACUGGAACGAGCCACAAAUAUUGAGGUUCUCCCCAAUACUUUCCAGUUUACCAAUGAAACUAGAGAAAUGGGUGUGAUUGCAGCAAUGAGAGAUGGCUUUGGCUUCAUUAAAUGUGUGGACCGAGAUGCUCGUAUGUUCUUUCACUUCAGUGAAAUUAUGGAUGGAAAUCAACUCCAUAUUUCUGAUGAAGUAGAGUUUACUGUUGUUCCUGAUAUGUUGUCUACCCAAAGAAAUCAUGCUAUAAGAAUUAAAAAACUUCCAAAGGGCACGGUUUCUUUCCACACCCAAUCAGAUCACCGUUUUGUGGGCACUAUAGAGAAAGAAGCCACUCCAGCCAAAGCCACCAGCCCAAAUAAAGGCAAAGAGAAGGAGGCUGAGGAUGGACUAAUUGUUUAUGAUGACUGUGGAGUAAAACUGACUGUUCCUUACCAGGCCAAGGAUGUGGAAGGAUCUGCUAAUCCCCAGAUAGGAGAUAAGGUUGAGUUCAGUGUUUGUGAAGUGAAGAGAACCGGUCUGCAAACAGCUGUUUCUGUCAGGAUGCUGGGACGCAAUUACAGCUCUAAGAGACUUUUGGGAUACGUGGCAGCCCUGAAAGAUAACUUUGGGUUCAUUGAAACAGCUAAUCAUGAUAAGGAGAUCUUUUUCCACUAUAGUGAAUACUGUGGUGAUAUUGAUAGCCUGGAACUUGGAGACACUGUUGAAUACAGCUUGUCAAAAGGCAAAGGAAACAAAGUUAGUGCAGAAAAGGUGAACAAAACACAUGCAGUGAAUGGUAUCACUGAAGAAGCUGAUCCAACUGUUUACUCUGGUAAAGUAAUUCGUCCUUUAAGGAGUGUAGAUCCCACACAGACUGAAUACCAGGGCAUGAUUGAGGUGAUGGAGGAUGGUGAGAUGAAAGGAGAGGUCUACCCAUUUGGAAUUGUUGGAAUGGCAAACAAAGGUGACUGUCUGCAAAAGGGAGAGACGGUGAAGUUUCAGCUCUGUGUUCUUGGUCAGAAUGGGCAGACAAUGGCUGUUAACAUCACACCAUUCCGCAGAGCCACGGUGGAAUGUGUGAAAGAUCAGUUUGGUUUCAUUAACUAUGAAGUCGGUGACAGCAAAAAGCUCUUCUUCCAUGUGAAAGAAGUUCAGGAUGGUGUGGAGCUGCAGGCUGGAGAUGAGGUGGAGUUCUCAGUAAUCCUGAACCAGCGCACAGGAAAAUGCAGUGCCUGUAACGUGUGGCGUGUCUGUGAGGGUGCUAAGGCUGUUGCUGCUCCACGUCCUGAUAGACUUGUUAAUCGUUUAAAGAGCAUUAAUCUGGAUGAUGCCAAUGCUCCUCGUCUCACAGUUCUUCGUCAGCCCAGGGGACCGGAUAACUCGAAGGGGUUUGGUGCAGAGAGAAAGAUCCGUCAGGCUGGUGUUAUAGACUGACCAGCACACCCGUGCCUGGCGUGGCUGAGCAGUGGGGGCUGGUGAAGGGUACUGAGUAUCUCCCUGUUCAUCCCUUCCUCCAAAUUCUAAGAAGCUAUUACACCGGUUUUAACACCCUUCUCAUGUUAUGUUUAAAAUAAAUUUAUGAAACCAUUUUAAAAUUAUGCACAGUUGCAUUCUGGAGAAACUUUAAGGUGGCGCCUUAUUAGUAUCACAUUUUAGAAGCUUGUUUUGAAUGGUGCAUUUAACUGCAAAUCUACAUUGCCUGUGUGAGUAAACAUUAGAGACUGCUCGACCCGGGCUGACCUUAUGGAGUUCUGCACUACAGUUAUCUCUGCUUUGUCUCUGUUCUUUUGGCCAAGGUGUUACCAUGCCUUAGUGCUCGAUUGCAUUCGGGCUUCCCUUCCCUGGGGAAGUGGAAAGCUCCCUUCAGCUCACUCUGCUCAAAUUCUGAGGACCACGUGAGGAUGGAAUAAAUGCAACUUUAUAUAAAAAUCUGUAUGAACAUUCUUUAAGUUGACGGCCAAAUGUUGUUACAGUGUUUUUGUAUUUCAUUUAACUCGAGUCCUUUAGCCAGCAAAGUUGUUAGAGCUCAAGGAAAGUCUCUUUCUGGGGUAGACUUGUUUUUGUAGUGUUCUAAAACGUGCAGUGCAGAAUUUCAUAAGGCUGAGGUGUGCCAUCAGUGUGGUAAUUUAAAUAUAUUUAAAACGAUGCACAAAUCUGCUGCUGCUUAGAACACUGCAGCUUCUCAACCCAGUUUCUUUUACUGAUUUAAAUUGAAAAAGAAAGAAGUUGUGCCUGAAGUGAAUACAUUUUUUCUUCUUUGCAGCCGGCACCCAGUGUACUGUAAGAGAAUAAAUUUAGGCUUUCCAUAGCUGUUCUGAGACUCAUCAAGGUGAAAUAGUUGAUGUCUGUGUGCUUUUUUUUUUUUUUUAUUUCACCUCCUCCCUCUCCCACCCAUUUUCCCAGUCACACUUUGUCAAGCAAGAAAACUGAAUGAUUGGUCUGAGUAUUCCUUUAACCAAAACGAUCAGGAGUUUCGUUCUUGGAAUAGAGGCAGGACUGUGGUUUUUUUGUUUAUUCAUUUUUUUUUCACAUUACCUCUAUUCUCAAUUUAGGGUUUUCUUCUCUGGGAGAUGCAUUAUCUUUGUAAGACAAACAUUGCUUUCUCCAAUUUUUUUUUUUUUUUCUGUUAAUGGCAAAGAAUGGAAAUAGAAUAAAGUUUUACUGAUUUUGAA